GCCAGCAGGGCCUGUUAUCCCAAACAAGAUCUAGAGCGCGGCGGCACUCACAUGAUCUCCACGGAUGACCUGGAGUACCCGCGGGAGUAUCGGACGCUGGGCAGCAGCGGCCGGCGCUUCUCCAACGUGGGCCUGGUGCACACGUCGGAGCACCGGCACACGGUGACGGCGGCGCAGAGCCUGGAGGCGCUCACCAACCUACACAAGGCCGACAUGGAGCGCAAGCGGGACGCCUUCAUGGACCACCUGAAGAGCAAGUACCACCAGCAGCAGCAGCUGCAACAUCAACACCACAACCCGCCGUCGCCGUCGCACUCCCACGCCAGCAUGAGGGGAAGCUCGGAGAGGGCUGCUCGAGAACAGCAACAGCCCAACUAUUGGAGUUUUAAGAGCCGCAGCCCUCGCCACUCCCAAUCCACCCAGUCGGGGCUCGCCGACCAGGCCACCAAGCUGUCCUUCGCCUCUGCAGAGUCCCUGGAGACCAUGUCCGAGGCCGACGUGCCUAUCGGCUUUAACAGGAUGAACCGCUUCCGUCAGAGCCUGCCCCUGUCGCGAUCUGCUAGCCAGAAUAAGCUACGCUCUCCAGGCGUGCUCUUCCUGCAGUACGGCGACGAGACGCGCCGCGUGCACAUCACCCACGAGUUGAGCAGCCUGGACACGCUGCACGCCCUCAUCGUGCACAUGUUCCCGCAGAAGUUGACGGCCGGCAUGCUCAAAUCGCCCAACACGGCCGUGCUCAUCAAAGACGAGGCGCGGAACGUUUUCUACGAGCUGGAGGACGUGCGUGACAUCCAGGAUCGCAGUGUCAUCAAGAUCUACCGCAAGGAGCCCAUCUAUGCCUCCUACCCGGCCGCCGCCCACCUGGCCAACGGGGACCUGCGGAGGGAGAUGGUGUACUCGUCCUGUGACUCCUCCCCGACUCGCCGCCUCAAUACGCUCCCCUCGUCCUCGGGCUCUUCGGGCUCCCCUUCCCGCUCCCGUCUCUCCUACAGCAGUGGCCGCCCGCCUUCCUUCGCCGGGUCCCACUCGCCCCACGAGCAGGCGCGCCACUCCCACCACGCUGCCGCGGCAGCAGCCCACAUGGCCAACGCGGCCCUCUCGCCCUCGCCCAGCGCCAUCCUGGAGCGGCGAGACGUCAAGCCGGACGAGGAAGUCUCGGCGAAGAAUUUGGCGCUGAUGAAGAACGAGUCUUUGUACGCGGACCCCUACAGCCUGAUGCACGAGGGCCGCCUCAGCAUCGCCUCCACGCAGUCCCUGGCGGCCAUCGGAGACCCCUUCAGUUUCCCCGUGUCCUCGGGCCUGUAUCGCCGCGGCUCCGUGCGCUCCCUCAGCACGUACUCCGCCGCCGCCCUGCAGGGGGAGCUGGACGAUUCUCUCUACAAGCCCGGGGGGUCCCUAUACGCCGACACGUACUCGGCCACACUGGGCAUGGGCUUUCGCAUGGCGCCCUCGUCCCCGCAGAAGAUCCCCGACAUGCACUUGCGGGACAGAGACACGUACUCUGGCUCGCCCAACCGGGCUUCGCCUGUCAGGCAGAAUUUCCGCAAAGACUCUGUGUCCUCUGUGUUCAUAGACAGUCCCAAGUCCAGACCCAGCUCUGGCUCCGAUCCUCUCUGCCUCACCGCCGGACCAGGGGAGGGGGGCAGGGCUACACCCGGUUUUGGGUCAUCGCUGUCCGGACCAGAUUCUGAUGCCAGCAGGGAUCAUCGUCUGGAGCGCAUGGAGGCCAUGGAGAAGCAGAUCGCCAGCCUGACCGGCCUGGUCCAGAGCGUCCUGACCAGAGCGCCAGACAGUGACAGCACUGACAAGACCGACACCAACAGCGACGGCUCCGCCACUGGAACAGGACGGCUAAAGAAGAAAGCUCACACGCCGUCGGCCCCGCUGGCGCUGAUGCCUCCGCCGCCGUCUAACUCGACGCCGCUGAACAACGUCAGCCGCCUGCAGAUGCAGCUGCACUUGCACGGGCUGCAGCAGAACGCCAACGACCUGCGCAAGCAGCUCGGACAGUUGCGUAAGACGCAGCUGGAGAACCAGGACUCCAUGCGCACGCUGCUGAAGCGUACCGAAGCUGAGCUGAAUGUGCGCGUGGCCGACGCCCUCCGCAAGCAGGAGGACCCCCUACAGAGGCAGCGCCUCCUGGUGGAGGAAGAGAGGCUCAAGUAUCUCAACGAGGAGGAGCUCAUCAUUCAGCAGCUUCAUGACCUGGAGAAGUCGGUGGAGGACAUCCAGAAGGAGUCGUCCGUCAACCACAAGCUGGUGAGCGUGCAGGAGUUAGAGGAGAAGACGGCCGUCCUCCGAAAGUUAGGCGAGACGCUCACCGAGCUCAAGAAUCAGUUCCCCAGCCUUCAGAGCAAGAUGCGAGUGGUGCUGCGGGUGGAAGUUGAGGCGGUCAAGUUCCUGAAGGAGGAGCCGCACAGGCUGGACGCCCUGAUGAAACGCUGCAAGUCCAUCACGGACACCCUCAACACCAUGCGCAAGCAAGCCAGCGAGGGCGUGUGGAAAAAACACGAGGACUUCACCUCGUCCAAGCACAACGAGGAGCUGAGAAAGUUCCCGGAUUUUGAUCUGCCCACCAGCCCGCCGCUCGCCAUCAACGAUCUCGGGGGAGGAAACAGCCUGUCCAACUGGAGCCCGCACACCAGCCUCUCCCGCCGCCACCACGGGAACCCGGCGGGCCAGCACAAGGACAAUCACCCGCCCGUCCCUCACAAGGGCAAAGCCCUGGAGGAGCUGGAACGCCGAAGCGCUGCUGAUAAAGCCUUGUCCGUCGAAGUUCGCCUGGCGGCCGAGCGGGACUGGGAGGAGAAGCGGGCCAGCCUGACCCAGUACAGCGCUCAGGACAUCAACCGACUGCUGGAGGAGACGCAGGCCGAGCUCCUGAAGGCCAUACCCGACCUGGACUUUGCCGCCAAGCAGAUCAAGCCCGCCUCCAACGCCACGUCCUCGCAGGCGCCCCAGACGCCUCAGAGUGGGACGGCCACUCCCGAGCACCGCAGCGUCAACAAGCCCCUGCAGAAGAAGGAAAGCGGGUCCAGGCUGGGAUCCGAUGAGCUGACGGUGCCUCGCUACCGCACAGAGAAACCCUCCAAGUCUCCCCCGCCGCCCCCACCCAGACGCAGCUUCCCUUCGUCUCCGGGUUUGAUCACCCGCAGCGGGGAGCCCCUCAUUCCCGGAAAGAGCGUCAAGAAAUCCGAGUCUGAGGAGGCCGAAAUCCAGAAGCCUCACGUGAAACUGCGGCGGACGGUGUCGGAAAACCCACGUCCGGCGUCCACGCCUCCGACGCUGUCCGGAGACAAGACCGACGAAGAGCAGGAGAAAAGUUCUGCCCAGUUGGAGGGCAGACCUUUGCGUUGCAUUCCGCACAUCAUGUUGACCGAGUGUCCCGUCCGAGAUGUGCCUCGUCGUUCGGUGACGCCGAGCGCUUCGCCCCCUCAGCGCGAACUGGAGUCGCAGCGCUCCACGGACGUCAAACAAGAAGUGACUUUGCUCUUGACCCAACUGGAGAUGAGGGCGCUGUCGUCCUUGGAGGCCCAGGAGCUGAGCGGCGCCAUGGGAGUCAUUUUGCAAACGCGCACCGUCUCGGCGCACGGCGCGGCGCUCUCGGAGGCGCACUUGAGUGAGCGGCCUUUGCUGCUGCUCUUCAGGGAGGAAGCCACGCUCAAGGACGCGUACAGGCUCCUGCUUUCAAUUUUGGAGAUGUCGCUACCACAGCCCAAACCCAGAAAAAGGUCCUCGCCCUGCUCGGGCCAGCGGAGCACCUUGGUGAUGGCUCUGAGGAGAGGCAUUGAUACGGGGGACAUGGUUCUGAAACUCCAACCUAGCACCGACACCCAAAGUCCAUAUGGAGAUGCAAAUCUUUCAACAUCAGACCUGGCCAAACCAGGAGAAAACGUCCGGCAGAGUGCCUACAAAAGGCUCGACAGCUUGGAGGAGACCAUCCGAGAGUUGGAGAACACUUUGCAGGAGCUCAGCGGAGGCUCCCGUCCGGAGAGCGCCGAGGCCAAAUCGAGCAAGAAGCCGCCAGUCCCGCCCAAGCCGCUGACGUCGAGACAGGGCGGGAAGGUUCCGCCCGCCACGGCCCCCAAACUGAAACAGCUUCAGCAGCAAAAUAGCACAGACAAGUAUAAAGGUGGCAAGAGGGAGGACUUCCUGAAGACCCAGCAGCAGUGAGCGCCUUGUGAGCAUGUGUGCGCAGGCAACCUCUACUUUGUCGGACUUUGUCCAUCGCCCUCCCCAACGUCUUCAUCAAUCCCGCUCCCCUCAUCACGUGUCCUCUGACCUGAAGGGAGCCGCGACC